AUGAAUUUAAAACCUGAUUUACAAGGAUGGCAAGAAUAUGUUCAAACUCCAUACACUAAUUAAUUAAAACAAUUGAGUGAUUUGCUUAACAAUAGUUAAGAAUAACAACAACCUAAAAUUACUCCAAACCCUUUCAACAUUAAUUUGGCUAAGAAAUGCAUAACUCAACAAUCUCAAUCUCCCAAGUACAGGUAACACUAAAAAUUACCUUUUAAUGAAUAUCGAAAACAAAUGAAUAUCAAUAGAUAGGCCUCACCGUUUUUAAGGCAUAAUCAGUUUAACUUUAGUUAAGAUAGGAAAUAAGAAAUCCAUUCAAAGUUUUAUAGCAAUUAAAAUCAAAAAUAGAGUCUAGUUAUUCAAAGUCCUCAAAGAUCAUAAAGAAAGCAGAUAACAAGAAAAUUACUGAUGAUAUCCAAAGAUUUUAAUAAUUCCUAAAUUUAUCAUAUUAUUAAGUUGAUUAAUAAGUGA